GCAACUCUUAUUAAAAAUUUCCCUCACCUUCGCUUCUCACUCACUGACGAGCUCAGCAUCGCCUUUGUCCCCGAACCCCCGUCGUCCGCUCUUUACUUUUUCCUUUUCUUGGUUUCGUUGUACCAUGUCAAUCCUCACAUUCCUUUUCGUGGUAUGUUUAUCAUCAGUCGUGGCUGGGCAAGGGCAAGGAACGGCAAAAUGCUUUGAUACGAGCUUGGAUUGGUAUACGGGAAAGGUUGGAGAAACGCCUUGCAAAACAUAUGAACGGCUCCGGCAGAUAUGCAACAGCGGCUUCAGAGUCGGAACUAUGAAUCCAAACACUCCCCCAGAUGUGUGUAAUGAGCAAGUUGGUCAGUGUCCCAGGUUUUCGACGUCGUGUCAGCAAGGUAUAGGGCAGUACGGGCAUGGGUUUGACGCUGGCGUUGGUGCAUAUCAAAUUUACCUAAGCGGCGGCCGCAAAACUGGGUUUUGUCAACCUCAAACGAAUACAACAUUACCUGCGGAUAUCCAAUCGGCAGUGUGUAAUCAGAAAAUAAACAUAUACGACGAUCUAUAUGGCAUUUUUUGGGGUGACGGUAGUUGGUUUUACAUCUAUACGUCGCAAGCCAUCACCAAAGACCAAAUUGCGAAUCCCGAUAAAGUCUUCACGAAAUGCCCUAAAAAUGAGGUCGCAAUUCCUCCCCCUGUCACAAGUUCAUCUUCCACCACCUCCACGAGUACUAGCAGCACCAAUGUCAUUAGCUCAAGCUCAACUUCCACCACCUCUACUACUAGUACUGGUGGUAGCAAUGUCAGUAGCUCAAGUUCACCUUCUGGCACCACCUCUACCACUAGUACUAGCAGUACCAACAACAAUAGUAGCUCAAGUUCAGCUUCCACCGCCGGUACCAGUACCAGUAGUGACAAUGUCAAUAGUCCCAGCGGAUCCGGGAUUAGCUCGAAUAUCGACACUACGUCAAAUUCGAAGGGUUCCUUCGGUUCGGGAGCUGUAGCCGGAAUAGCCAUUGGUAGCGUGGUAGCUGUAGUUGCGGCUGCUCUCGCGCUGUGCCUUUGGAUCCGGAGGAAGAGGCGGAUCGAAAGACGAUCGCCUCCAGCGCUACAACCGUACGGUUAUGCCCAGGCCAAUAGUUCAGAAUACCAUACUCCUAGUUCUUUUCAGCCUCUGCGGCAUUUCCCCCUUACGACUGCUUCGUCUACGUCUAGUUUACCUGGAAAAGCGGGUAUGGCGGAUGUGAGUUCGGAGAACGCGGGGUAUUUUCCACCUCGUCAAACGGACCGCGUGGACUCGGAGUCGGGCAACACGGACCUGCUGGAGAUGAGUGAGAGACAUGUGGAUGCAGGGCAUCUUGAAGGAGCGAGGUUGGAAAGGAAUGCGUCGGGGAGGUUGCCUCCUGCGUAUGGGGAUUUGGUCCGGGAUGGGUAG